AUGUCAUCCCCGGCACUACUAGAGCCCUUCACAGGGCUCCGCCUUCUCCACCGUGCCAACUCUGACUUUUUCAUCCUUGGUGCCACCGGAAAUGUCUAUACCAUCACACUCUCCGCCACCCCAUCAUGCACUUGCUCUGAUGAUCCGAACGGCGCCCCAUGCAAACACAUCAUCUUUCUUUACAUCCAUGUUCUUUCUGUUCCAAUCAACGACCCUUGUCUACGUCGCAGCACACUUCGCCCGUGUCAACUCACACGUCUCUUGUCCACCCCAGUCUCAUGCAAAACACUCGCGAGUGCACCGAUUAGGAAACGUUUUCUUGAACUAUAUCGUCUUCGGAAUAACAGGAACGAGAAAGGGAUUAAGGUAUCGGUCAACGUUGAAGAUGGGUCGAUGUGUCCUGUUUGUUUGGAUGAGCUGGGGGUGGAUGGUGGUCGGAGAUUGGUGGCGUGUGCCACGUGUAAGAAUCCGAUUCAUGAAGAAUGUUUGAUGGCUUGGAAGAAGAAAAGGUCAAGGACAACUUGUGUGAUUUGUAGAGCAAGAUGGAAAGAGAUUGGUGAACAAGGGAAGUAUAUUAACUUAUCAACAUAUGUUAGUCAAGAAGAAAAUUGUGGGGUUCAAUAG